AUGCAGUAGCCCAUCCAAGAAAAGGAAAGAUAGGCAAUUUUAGCUAAAAGACAAGAGAUUCUAAACAAAAUUAAUGCUGCUAAACAGUAACAGAUCUAAACAAACAAAAAUAGUUUCUAAUAUGAUUCCAUUGAUGCUUAAAAUAACAAUGUGAAAUUGCUAUAGAAUGAUGAUUUGUCAAACAUAAUCUCUAGAGAAUCUAAGAAUUAUGAUCUUCUGAGUUAAAUAAGGCAAGCCUAUGAAUUCGAUGAUGAAAGAUCUCAAUUCAAGAAUAAGUAAUUGAGAUUUUAGGAUUAUAUUGAAAAUAACACAGCUUAAUCAACUACUAUCCUUGACAGGUCAAGCAAUAAUAAUUCAAGACAUUCUUACCUCUAAAAAAUAAGCAAUCAAUUUGGACCUAAAUAGUUUAAGCCUAAAAGAGAUAAGUCAAUAAGUAAAUUAGAGCUAAAUGCCUCUGAUUCUCCAAGUAGAAAUAUAACAGUGGAGAAAUCAUUGAAAGAAUCUAAAGUAAAGAUCUUGAAUUAAUUCAAUCAAAGAUUGGAGACAAAAGAAACUCAAAAAACACAGAAAAUUGAAAAGCUCAAGAAAGAAAUAGAGGAUCAAGAGAAACUCACUUGCACUUUUAAGCCAGCAAUUAAUGAGAACACUAAAAUGAGAGAAAGUUUAGAAGAUAUUUCAAAUCAGAAUCCAUAUGAUAGGUUGUCGUAAGAUGCUAUGAUACGUAGAUUUAAAGAGGAGAAAUUAAGAAGAGAUAUUGACCAAGAAAGACUCAAGGAAUGCUCUUUCAAACCCAUAACUAAUGAAUCUAAAAGUUUCAAAAAAUCUAGAAGUCAGGCUAAUUUUAAACAAAUUUAAGAAAACAAAGAGAAUUACAAUACAAUCUAGCAAAAACAUUACACCUAUAAUUAAGAGAAACUAAGGGAGAUCUAGGAUAAGCCUAAGAUUAACAAAAAGAGUUAAGUAAUUGCCGAAAACAAGGUAGAUCUCUCUUAGCCUGUGUAUCAAAGGCUUUAUUCUUAGGCAGAUGAAAAAAUUCAAAGAAUGGUGAAUCUGACCUAUGAUUAAAGACAAUAAUCUUAAGUUGAACCUUCAACAAACACUCAUUUAGAUGUUGCGCAAUAAAAUUUCAUGGCAGAGUUAGAAAAUAGAGAGAAAUUCAGAAAUUUCCUCGAGAGAUAGUAAUAGUUUGAGUAGAAUAAGCUUUAGAAUCUUGAGAAUGCCUUAAAAGAGACACAAAGACAUAAGGACUACACAUAUGAACCUGAGAUAAAUUAGACUAGCAGAGCUAUUGUUGAAUAAUACUACUAGAAUGACGAUAAUGUUUACUCUAGGCUAUAUAAUAAACCCUCAACAACUAUUAAUUUUACCCAAUUGAAUCAAGAUUUAACUGAAUUUAUGCCUUAAAUCAACUAUACUUCUAAAGUCAUAGCCGCAUAGAGAGAUUGUCUUAAGGAACUUACAUAGGCUGAUGGGAAAAGUAUAAACUAAAAAUAGCAGGAAUAUUUAGAGUAUAAAUUAAAGGACUGUACCUUUUAGCCUAAAAUUAAUCAAAACUAUCAAGUUCUAAGUGGAUUAGAAGAGGUCAUUGAGGAUUCAAAGCAAUUUCAUUUAAAAAGAGAUCAGUGGUAGCAUUAGCAAUAAGCAGAGAAGACCUAUUAGGAAAUGAAGUAGUGCACUUUUGUUCCACAUAUCAACUCAUAGUAAAGAUGGAAUGAUGAUCCACAUGUUGAAGUUAAGGGACUUGAGAGAUUCUUUGAAUUAAAAGAUCUUCAGAGAAGAUAAUAAGCUGAAUAGGACAUGAGAAUAAAGUAAGUGUUCAAAGAUGGAUCUACAUUUGGAAACAGCUUAUCAACCACUCCAAUUUAGCCCUAGCUAUAAACUAGUAAAAGAGCUAUUGAAAGAAAAGAAGCUAGCAGAUAUUGA